CCUAUACAGUCUGGUAUAAUUAUAAAUUCCCCAACCACUCCAUACGACUUUCUAUAGUAAAUUCCUAUCCAUUUCUUCUAACACAAAAUAUCUGCUUAUAGGCUAUAGCAAAUAGUGGUCAUCUCUUUCUGAAAUUUCAUGGAUGGAAAAUGGAGAUGCCAUUGGGCUUGGAGCUGCACCUUGUGGUGUGUCCUUGCAUAUACCGUUUCAGAAUUUACUGGAAAGUCCAUAGUUAUGGCCACAGGGAAGAACUCUAUGCAUCACAAACAAGGAAGAAGGAAACUAGAUGAUGUAACUGGUUCUAUUUGCAUUGACUGUGGGAUAGCAGAAGGCCUUGACUAUACUGAUGACAAAACUCAGAUUCAUUACACUUCAGAUGCACAGUUCAUUGGCACUGGAACAAGCAAAAGCAUAUCCCACAAGUUCAUUUCUGACACACCCCAAAGAACUUUCACAAAUGUAAGAAGCUUCCCUGAGGGGAAAAAGAAUUGCUACACGCUACGACAUCCAGAAGGCAGAAAUACUAUUUACUUGAUAAGAGCUUCGUUCAUGUAUGGGAACUAUGAUGACUUAAAUAAGCUGCCACAAUUUGAUCUCUAUAUUGGGGUUAAUUUAUGGGACACUGUGAUGUUUGACAAUGCCACUCAUGUGGUAAUCAAGGAGAUUCUACAUGUGCCAUCCUUGGAUGAAUUAUAUGUUUGUUUAUUGAACACUGAUAAAGGAACUCCUUUUAUAUCAGCACUGGAGGUGAGGCACUUUGAUCAUUCCAGUUACAGAACAAACUCUAAACUCUUAUCCCUCUAUAAACGUUUUGACAUUGGCUCAACAACCAAUGAAAUAGUGAGGUAUGACAAAGAUGAUUACGAUCGAAUGUGGUAUCCGUAUAACUUACCUGAUUCUACACCACUCAAUACUUCCUUCACCGUCGACUCCUUGAACCAUACUGCAUAUCACUUGCCAUCGGCAGUAAUGAAAACUGCUGUGAGGCCGACAAAUGAAAAUGAUUCCCUGGAAUUUGAAUUUGACACUGGACAACCUACUUCAGAGUCUUAUGUUUACAUGCACUUUGCUGAAAUCGAAGUGCUUAAUGAAAAUGAAAGCAGGGCAUUUGACAUUACAUUGAAUGGAAAAUUAUGGGCUGAAUAUGUAACUCCCACGUAUUUGCAGUCAAAUACAAUAGAUGGUAAUCAGUCCAUUAGGGGAAGUAAGCUCAAGUUCUCUAUGCACAAGAAACCAAAUUCCACCCAUCCACCCAUUCUAAAUGCAAUGGAGAUUUACAUUGUUAAAGAAUUCUUGCAUUCUCCUACAAACCAAGAUGAUGUUAAGGCUAUCAUCAACAUCAAAUCGCAUUACAAGUUGGCAUCAUCGGUGGGUAAAUCCUGGCAAGGAGAUCCUUGCGCACCAUCGAAAUACUCUUGGAAUGGACUCAACUGCAGCAAUAAUGGAUAUAAUUCACCCACAAUAACUGCAUUAUAUCUGGCCUCCAGUGGAUUAGGUGGCACAAUAAUUGCAUCAUUUUUGGAGCUCAAAUUCUUAGAAUCCUUGGAUUUAUCAAACAAUAGCUUAACAGGACCUCUACCUGAUUUUUCACAACUGCAACACUUAAAGGCUCUCAAUUUAUCAGGGAAUAGACUCUCAGGUCAAAUUCCUUCACUUCUCAAGGAAAGAUCAAAUAAUGGUUCACUUUUGCUGAGUGUGGAUGGAAAUCUGGAUCUCUGCCAGGAGGGCCCAUGUGAAGAGGAUAAAAUGAAUAUUGCCCCACUUGUUGCAGGCAUUCUUUCAGUUGUACUCUUUUUCAUUGUAUUGGGUAUUGUACUGAAUAUCAUUUGGAGAAGGAGAUGCAACAGAAAACCAGCAUCAAAGCAAGCUGUGAGAUUAAAUGAAGAGGUUGUGCUGAAGACAAACAAUACACAGUUCACAUACUCUCAGAUAUCGACUAUUACCAAUAACUUCGACAAAAUGAUUGGGAAGGGAGGAUGUGGAAUUGUUUAUCUUGGUUCCUUACAGGAUGGCACACAGGUUGCUGUCAAAAUGCUCUUGCCAAAAUGUCCUCAGGGAUCACAACAGUUUCAGACUGAGGCUCAACUCUUAAUGCGUGUGCAUCACAAGAACUUAGCUUCCUUUGUCGGAUACUGUAAUGAAGUUGGACACACAGGCAUCAUCUACGAAUAUAUGGCUUAUGGGAACUUGGAAGAGUAUCUAUCAGAUGCAAGGAGAGAACCAUUAAGUUGGAGACAGAGGAUUCAGAUAGCAGUUGAUGCUGCUCAAGGUAUCGAGUACUUGCAUCAUGGCUGCAAGCCGCCAAUAAUUCAUAGAGACAUUAAGACUGCAAACAUUUUGCUGAAUGAGAAAAUGCAAGCAAAAGUAGCUGAUUUUGGUUUCUCAAAACUUUUCUCAGCUGAAAAUGAAAGUCAUGUAUCGACUGUAGUUAUUGGCACAUUAGGAUAUCUUGAUCCAGAAUACUACACAUCCAGCAGGCUAACCGAGAAAAGCGACGUUUAUAGUUUUGGCAUUGUGCUUUUGGAGCUAAUUACUGGGCAGCCAGCAAUAAUAAAAGGUCAUCAGAACACUCACAUUGCGCAAUGGGUUAACAACUUUCUUGCAAAAGGAGAUAUACAACAAAUUGUUGAUCCAAGGUUGCGGGGAGAUUUUGACUUUGGCUCUGUGUGGAAGGCCUUGGAGGCAGCAAUAGCUUGUGUGCCUUCAAUUUCUAUCCAAAGGCCAUCAAUGAGUUACAUUGUCGGCGAACUCAAAGAGUCCUUAGAAAUGGAAGCAGCUCGUGAAAAAGAAGGCAUCAACUCGAUUGAAAUCAAUGUUGUUGAUCUUGAAGCUUUGUGUGGCCCAGAUGCAAGAUAGUGAUCAAGAAUGUGCUUUCUACUUUGUUUUUUUUUUUUCCCUCCUUUUUGUUAUAUUUAAUUUUCUAAUUUGUUGUACAUGUCCUACUAUAUAUAGUCUUGUGGAUUUACAAGAGAAUAAAUCCAUUAUUCAUGUAAAGUAAAAGGCUUACACACUGGAUUUGAAGGAGGGAUAAAUACUCAUUUAAGUGUUUGAAAGUGUAAGAUACCAUAAAAAUAUGACAAAUUAGUUCUAUUAUUAAA